UACAGCAUUGCGGCUGAAAAACGCACGCGCCGGUUAUAAUGUGAGCGGCGCACGACCACGCGCGUCUUCCCUCAAGGUGUUUGCGAUGUGGUACUCGUGGAUCACGUUACUGCUGGUGUGCGCACUGGUGCAGGCGAAUGUUGCGGGGGAAGCCGGGCCGAUGACGGAAGUGACUGGCCAAGUUGCGGAUGUAACCGGCCAGGUUGCUGCUAAGGCCGGCCAAGCAAAUGUGGCUCGUUCAAAUGAAGAUACAACCGACCAACGUGACAAUUUUUACGACGCAGUAAAGACCGACGACACUACCAAUGCACCUGAUUUGGCUGCUAAAGCCGGACCAGUUGAAGCAGAUAUCAACCCAAUCACAGAAGUUCCUAUACCGGUGGCAACUACUCGUGCUCAACCGCGCACCCUUGACCGACAAGCCGCAGAACUCGCCUGGCGCACUUGGCUUCAAAGCCCUGAAAGUGGCAACCCUAAUGGACCUCCACGAAGAAUAACUACUAAAUCACUAUUUAUCACGCCUUUAGUCUGUUCGAAAGGUCAAAGGCUCGAUAGAAAUGGAUGUGUACAGACAGUGACAGUCAACAAGGACGAACAUGAACGCAUUUUACUUGAACAAUUAAAUGCUUUGUUUAUGAAUUCGACACCUUCUAAUAACGGUGACGUUCUUUAUGACUAUGGCGAAGAGGAACCCGGCCCUCUACAACUCUCUAUACCAAUUGGACUGGAUCCAUCUACGCAGAACCGCGAUCCACUGACCAUUGAUAAAAAAGAAGAAAACAUGCUAAAUGAUGCUAGUAGCAUCGAAGCUGAGCUGGAACUUCUAAAAUUGCAACAAGCGCAAGGUCGCCUUAAUGACACUGGCGCUGAUAAUACAAAUAUUUUAUCGCACAACGUCUUAAACAACUUACUUUAUUCCGAAAAACCGAAACGAGAUAGUCCAAUGGUUAAUUCGAAUGAAACAAGCAGCCAAGAACUACCCGACGAGGGACAAAAAGAAUUAGUCUAUGGUCAUGUUAAUGUAGAUCCAGUUCUGUAUGACACCGAUAGCCAAAAUGAAGAAACCAAUGAUUCAAAUCAAAAAAUCCAAAAAAUUUCUUCUGACACUAUAAAUGGCACUGUGGACUCUCAUAAUGAUACAAAACUAUCGGAAGUACAAGUGAGCAUGCCUUCACUUUCAGCCAAAGAUGAAGAUGCAACAAAACUCAACCCAGAAAAUGAUUACUCGGAUAUUGGGGAAGCAAUUAAAUUAAUCAGUCGGUAUGCUGAAGUAUCAACUGAUGACAAUUUUUCUAAAAAUGACAACAAAUUUAGAAACUCUGACGACUCUAUACUAGGUACUCGCACGAAACUCCAAUACCGCCGUAAUAAAUUUAAAGAUUCAGAAAUAUUGAAAGAAGUUCCGUCUAAUUCUCCUGUAUCAGACUCACUAGUAGUCCAAACGAGUCUUCGUGGUAGACCGGGCAUUCUCUAUAGAUAUCCAAAUGCAAAUGUAUCGCCACCACCAAAUUAUCCUUUUAAACGUUUACAAGAUUAUUGGCCAGGAAGAAACCAGGUCGGAGGUGUUUACAAUAAUAUGCAUCAAAAUCCAAAACGUCACCAUCAUUCGUACCCACAUUAUUUCCGCCCUCGUGGUUAUCCCGUUGACUAUCCUGAUGUACAUUCUCGAUUAGUGUACCCAGGUUUUCAACACUAUCCGCAUAAACUACUGCAACACAGUGCUAGUCCCAUCAGUUCUCAAUAUAACGACCAGGAUAUAUACAGUCUUCUGGGUCUAAGACAUUGGUUUAGCGGCGAGGGCGCUUCAAAGAGAUAGUUUGAUUCCCUGUACAUAAGACAAUUCGAUGUUACCCGACGACAUAUAUUGGAAGCUAUGGGAGUAAUUUUUACUUGCAAUAUUAAAAACUAUUUAAAUGAUCGAUUUCAGCAUUAAGCCGUAUUAUUUUUACCAUAGCUUUCGAUAUAGUAUCCUAUUUAUUUUAAAGCCAAAUAUUAAAGUCAUAAUUAUGUUUAAGUUAUUUAAGCUAUUUUAAGUUCUUGUAAAUACUUUGAGCACGUAAACGUUUUAAAUUGCUACUGAUUUGUUUAGUAUUAUCGUUGUUUUGUAUUAUGUAAAUUGUUGUAUUAAUAAUCACUAAUUUAUUAUUAUUUGGUGUAUAUUUUUGUUGUUGUGAAUUAUGUAAUUGUAGAUAUGCAAAAGGAUACUUUAAUCGAUCAGUCGGUAACUAUAUUAUUUCAUGUGCAAUCAAUUCUUAAGGUUGAUUUUAUCUAAAAUAUAUUAACGACAGAUCCAAAACGAUAAUGAUUGGAGUGGCACAGGCUUGCCCAUUUUUAAUAUAAAAUUAUGUUACUCGUACUUACUUAUACUGUAUA